AUGCGUCUUCAAUUCGCCACCUCUCUGGCCCUCCUGGCCACCGCCUCCUCCGUGGUCGCUGACGAUGUCGUCUCCAUGCUCUGGCCCUCCUCCGCCGACGGUUAUGACGCCAAGCUGAUUGGAACUACCGGCGGCGCCCUCACCACCCUGGUGAUCAACUGCCCUGCCACGGCCUCGUCCACUGGCCCCAUCACCAGCGCCAGCGCCGCGACCACCAGCGCGGCCGUCGCCAAGCGCGCGACCACCGCCUCCUCCUCUGAUGACGAUGACGAUGACGACUGCGACAUCCCCGCUGAAGGCCGCACCGUCGUUGCCGGCAGCAGCACCUGGUCCUACACCUAUUCCGGCACUGAUCUGGCCGAAUACGCCGCCUGCACCUACUCCGGAACCACCUGGCUGUCCUGCGCACUCACCGUCAGCAUGGAUGGUCAGGUCUCCUCCGAUAACGGCGCCUCCAGCACCGAGAUCCCGAAAGUCCCCAUCACCGUCACUGCUACCGUCUCGGGCACCGGCUCUUCUGCCUCUGCUACAGGCACCGCCUCUGGAUCUACUGCCUCUGCCACGGGCAAGUCGUCCUCUUCUACCCAGUCUGCUUCCGGCAGCUCCAGCUCCAGCGCUAGCGCUAGCGCCAGCACCAGCGACAGCGGUGCCAUGGCCUUUGCUACUGGCGCUUCGCAGCUGGUUGCCGGUGGUGCUGCCAUGAUGAUCGCUUUGGCCAUGGCUUAA